ACCGCCAUGACGUCGGCGGAUAGAGGUCGUGCUUGGCAACCGCGGAGGCCAUUCUUUGAUAAAGCAACAUAGCGGGCGAUUUUAUCCUCGCUCGACAGUCUGCCUUUACCCUGUUGUUUGUGCUUUCGUUAUUGGUGAUGGAUUAUUUACUUUUUCUCAAAUGAUCUAGUGCAGUUUAUAUAGAAAUGUGGAAAGGGUGGUGUUCAAAGUUCUUGGAACGAUGGAAUUAUGGCCACAAUUGCUAAGGUAAAACCCGCUGUUCAGCAUCGGCAAUCGUUGAUAGGAAGUACAAUGUAUACUCAUACAAUGGAAGGUAGCCAUUCACACCACCUACCACCCCUCGCAAGCCAGACUGUGGGGGGUGCUACUAGUGGCCACGGGGUAAGGGUGCAGCAGUUGUUCGAGGAUCAUAAGCAUCACACAGAGAAAAGAGAAGUUAUUCAAAAUGGCGGCGGAGGCGACGAUCAAUCUCAGAAUCAAGGUGUUGCACGACCAAGUUCUAGUGCUGGAAGCACUGGUAGUAAAGGGUCUGGUGUCCGGAGAGGCAACAGAAUGAACCCAGAAUUGGCAAUGAAGCAAUACAUGCACAAACUCAGUUCUUAUGAACAUCAUGAAAUUUUCAGCUAUCCUGAUGUCUACUUUGUGGGCCAAAAUGCCAAAAAGAAACAAGGUGUGGUGGGAGGAUCAAAUAAUAAUGGAUAUGAUGAUGAAAAUGGAUCUUACGUACAUGUGCCUCAUGAUCAUAUAUCCUAUCGCUUUGAAGUUCUCAAAGUUAUCGGCAAAGGUAGUUUUGGUCAGGUUGUGAAAGCUUAUGAUCAUAAAACUCAGAUACACGUAGCUUUGAAAAUGGUUCGCAACGAAAAACGCUUUCAUCGUCAAGCACAAGAAGAGAUUCGUAUCUUAGAACAUUUGAAAAAGCAAGACAAGGACAAUAAUAUGAACAUUGUACACAUGUAUGAAAAUUUUACCUUCAGAAACCACAUCUGUAUUACCUUUGAGCUUCUCAGCAUGAAUUUAUAUGAACUGAUAAAGAAAAACAAAUUUCAGGGUUUCAGUUUGCAGUUAGUAAGAAAGUUUGCUCAUUCAAUUCUUCAGUGCCUGGAUGCUCUGUAUAAGAAUCGAAUAAUUCAUUGUGAUCUCAAACCUGAGAACAUUUUGCUCAAACAGCAAGGUAGAAGUGGUAUUAAGGUUAUUGACUUUGGCUCCAGUUGUUAUGAGCAUCAGAGAAUCUACACGUACAUUCAGUCUCGAUUUUAUCGAGCUCCAGAGGUCAUUGUCGGAGCCAAGUAUGGAAUGCCCAUUGACAUGUGGAGCCUUGGAUGUAUAUUAGCGGAGUUACUUACGGGCUAUCCUCUGUUCCCUGGUGAGGAUGAAGGGGACCAACUUGCGUGUAUCAUUGAGCUCUUGGAUAUGCCACCUCAGAAGCUUCUGGACCAAGCCAAAAGAGCUCGCAAUUUCAUUUCGUCCAAAGGAUACCCUCGUUAUUGCACAGUGAAUACAUUGCCAGAUGGAAGCACUGUACUCCAAGGUGGCCGUUCCCGGAGAGGGAAGACCCGUGGUCCUCCCGGCAGUAAGGAUCUUGUUACUGCCUUGAAAGGUUGUGACGACCCCAUGUUCUUGGAUUUUAUGCGUCGUGCCCUAGACUGGGACCCGCAGCAACGCCUUACUCCAACUCAAGCGUUGAGGCAUGCAUGGUUGAGGAGACGACUUCCUCGACCUCCUCCCUACAACAGUGAGGUCAAAUCUGAGUCUGCACUGAGGAGGAAUUCGUCAGGAAAUCGCAGUACUGGAAUGCCAAAGCUGGCCAAUGGGACUAUCGCUACAGCCAGUGGAAAGACACGCCAGUUAGCCAUUCAAGAUGAUUUAGCAUCUCAACUGAAUACACGGACAAAAUUACCCCAGAUUGGAUCUACCAUGUAGCUCGCUAGUGUGACGUGUGGGAAUAAUAAAAUAAAUCAAUGGUAAUUUGAUUGUUGACCAAUCUUAAAAAUUACAGAUGUGAGAACUGAAAUUUUUCCCAUAGAUUUUGUUCACAUCUACAGUCAAAACAGUUUUUCUUUUAUACAGUAUUUUUACACUUCUUUUUAAAGUUCUUUUGUACUACAACGGUUUAAUUUUGAAGUUUUUGAUUGCUCUCUUUUGACAAGAAAUAUGUACAAAGUUGCAAAAUCAAAAGUGACUGUCAUAAUAAUGUAGAAUUCAGACUUUCCUCUGAUUUACUUCAGUUUUUGAUUUAGGGGUGGGGUGCUUGUUUUGGUCCUGGGUUCAUUUUUAAUUCAAAGUAAGAAAGGAAUAAUUUGUUCCUUCAAAGCACAUGUGGUCUUAUACCGUUUGCACAAUUCGACAUGGAAGUGUCAUUUUAUUUUAAACAUUUUUUUUUCCAGUAUAAAGACUCUGAGAAGUAGAAUAAUUUCUCAAUCCCUCCCACUCCCACUCUCCAAUGAUAAUGCCCCUAAUCUUUGUUUGUUUAUGAAUUUUGUUUAUUCAGAAGGAAAAGGUGAAUUGAGUGUCAACAAAUUAUAUUACCUCCUUGUCUUUUCACUGAGUGAUGGGUUUGAGUAUUUCAUUUGGAGAUUACAGAAUAUUUAUUAAUGCGAUCUGUAAUUUCUAGUACAGUUCGUUUUCCAUUCUCCUUCACAGUACGACAGUGGAUGAUUUAUUGAACUUUAUUUCUCGUUUUAACAUCUAGUUUUUAAUUUACUCUCGGAUGUUAGUAAAAUGUUCUGUCAUGGUCCAUCCUGUAAUUCUACUUUGUUCCACAUAAUGUGGAAGAAAUCUACUUUUUAAUUAAAUGAAAUUAUUGAAGUUUGGCCUCUUUGGUCACCAGGGACCACUUGUUUUGAGAACGGAGGACAGUUUUUAUAGCGAAAAGCACUCUAUACUGUAAGAAUUGCUCUUUUCUCCAGUAAUGGUCAUUAGAAACUCUCUUAAAUCUUUGUGUUCUGUGUAAAUUGUUUAUGAAAGCUCAUUAUUGUUAGUAAAAAUUGAUCUGUGCAUUCAUUGGUCAUCAUUUUUCUUUCUUUUUUUUUUUUUUCAAUUCCUAUGAAGGUCAUUUCUGUUGAGAUAAAGUUCUGAAUUUUGAUUAAAAAAUUGCUAUUAGUUUACUCAUGUUGAUUUCAAAGUCUGCCUGUUGCUUCUGUUUCAAUUUGUUCUCAAGUGAUUUUGUUUAUCUUUUUUGGUUAUGUUGUCACUUAAAUUAUUGUGAGAUGAUUUAAUUUUUAUGACCUGUUUUCCUUGGUCAUGGUCUGUUAAAAAAAGUCUUGGAUAUGAGUUGAUUGAUUAUAACAUCAGUGUUUGAUAAUUUUAAAAUAUUUUAACUUUCUUUGUUAAUUUCUGCUGUGUCACCGACGUGUUUGCAAGAGAUCUAAUGUUAUCAUUGUUUUGUUGACCAUGUUUUGGUGUUUUGUUUGUUUUUUUAUCUUUUAUAAUCUUAGGAUUUGAAUCUGCUGAUAAAAUGCAGUCACCCACUGCAAAAAGAAAGUGUUUUCCAUUUAGGCGUUCUCAUUAGCACCACAAGCAGGCUUUUGACUUGACCUGAAAGUGCUUUUAAAAUUCUUGCUUCGUCAUCUUUGAGGAGCACUAGUUUGUUUUGUUUUUUUCCUUCCCAUUCUAAUUCUACGACAGAAGAUAAAUAUUUAUUUAGGGUUAUUUAUUCAUUUACUUUUGUUCCUCUGAAUUGGACAUUAUAUAGUAGAUUAGUUUGAAAGGGAUGCAAAAAACACAAAAUGUGACAUAGCAUGUUGAAUUUAAUUUACUUGUUCUCAGUGUGUUCGUGGAAUUCCAGUUGUAUAAAAGCUUUUCUUUUCACUCACACUGCUCUCAGCACUAUAAUAUUUAUUUGACUUUUGCAGAGACAUUGGUAAGUCUUGUUUUUCUGGUGAUGGUAGAACUUAGUAUCACAUUCAGAUUGAGUGCUAUGCAAUGUACCGUAAUAUUUAACAUUUUGCUGCGCAGUAGAAUCAACAGUCCCAGUCAUAAAUUUUUUAUUCAGGGGCCAAACCGAGGAUCUUGCAAUGUCCAGCUGUGCAGCAAUUGACAGUCAGUAGGUUUUUUGUUGCUUUUUAAAAAAUAAAUUGGUUACUGGAUGGUAUUUAUAGUAUACUUCUUUAAUAUGGAUGCUAGUCAAAUGAACUAAAGUGUGAUACAAGUGCCAAAUGUUGUGGUGAAACCCCCCCCCCCCACAAAACGAACUAGUAACUUUCCAUUCUCCACACUCUAUAGUUUUGUUUGGCAAAUGGUACAGGUAGAAAUAUGAUACUCUACAGCUGCCAGCUGCCUGUCUCCUCUCCCUCCCCGUUCCAGAGAUCAGAUGUUGAACUUGCUCUCUUUAACAACAUAGACUGCUAGUGCUAGUGUUCAGAAAUGGCUGCAGUCUCUAUCCCCUUUGCUCUUCCCUUGGUCAUGAUGUGCCUGCAACUGUUUUUAAAUUGUAGUGUUCCAGUUUUGUCGAAGCUCUUUUAGAGGUUUUUGAGCUUUUGUCUUUAAACGCAUUGGCGUCCGGAGGUUUUCAGUUGAAAGGAAUGUUGGGAGUAAGAGUUUUUCUAUGGUGUGCUGAGGCUUUCCUUGUCGUCUUUUGCUUUGGUGGAAUGUGUUAGUCUGUGAGCUAAAUCACACAAUGUGUGAUCUUUUACUUAUAUAAAAGGGUUGUUUGUCAGCUGACAUGGUGUUUAAUUUUAACUUUCUGGUCAAAUGAGCGGCAACGUUUUGUUCACUUCCACUUCUCUGAUGCCAUGCUUCACCGAUGACCAGACAGUGUGGGAUGAAUCUGGUUUGCUAGCCUUCAAAUUCUUUAUUAUUGUUUGAGCUGUUAGGAACAAGUUUACGUGGGUGCUCUUAAUAAUUGAAUUUUAGUGUGACCUUUGACCAGGUGGUUUGCAGUGAAAUUAGCUAAUUAAUCUAUUCAUCUAUUGGUAACAUUAGGGACAACAAUUAGUGCUGGAAACUGUAAAAGUAAAGCUAGCUUGUUCAAGAGGAAAGAGAGUCCUCAAAAGUUACGGGAUGAGGUUUUUCAUGG